AGGGAUAAGAUAACAGCAAGUUAUCCGUCAGUUGGUCAAGACAACAUUCAUUUCAUUUCGUGAUUAGCUAGGCGAUCGACUUUUUCUUUAGAUGGAAGUUCGAAGUCUUCGUGAGUGUCUGUUGCUGCUGGCCGGCUUGAUUGUUGGUUACAAUGUGACGUUGUUUCUGAGGCAGAAUCAAUGCUAUUUAACCUAUAAAAAGCAUUUCCGACCAAGGUCAAUGACAAAAGAAGUGCAGUUUAAUAACCGUCAAUUCAUCUUUGUUGGUGUUAUGACAUCUGAGCAGUUUCUGCAAACUCGAGCUCAAGCAGUGUCCGAUACAUGGGGCCGGAACGUUGCUGGAAAACUAACAUUUUUUUCAAGUCAGGCUCGUAACAAGUCCAAACUACCAGUGAUCAAUCUACCCGACGUGGAUGACUCGUAUCCACCGCUGAAGAAGUCGUUAAUGAUGACCAAGUACAUACACGACCACCACAUCGACGACUACGAAUGGUUCAUGCGGGCGGAUGACGAUGUUUACAUCCGCAAUGACAAAUUGGUUCGUUUAUUACGUUCAUUAAACAGUUCCGAUGAUAUCUACCUGGGGCAAGCGGGAACAGGUGCAAAGAAAGAAAGAGGAAAGCUUAACCUGUUGCCUGGAGAUAACUAUUGUAUGGGAGGACCGGGUGUAGUAUUCAGUCGAAAUGUUUUGAAGAAGGUUGCUCCGCAUAUUGAACAUUGUCUUCUAAAAGCACCGAAAUCACACAUGCAUGAAGACACUGAGCUUGGUCGGUGUAUACAACGCUAUGUUGGAAUUUCCUGCACUUGGGCCUCUGAGUUACAUAAACUUUUCUUCCACGACUACAAUGGUAAUGGAAAAAUAUUUGUGGGUGAGCUGGACUCUAAGAAUAUUAAUGAUGCGAUUACGCUUCACCCUGUCAAAGAUCCUGCCUACAUGUACCGUCUACACGUCCACUUUAACAACGAACGCAUUCAAGAUCUUCAACAGCACGGAGAAAAGCUCCAACGUGUUUUGCGGAACAUGGAUCGAUUGCUACAAGCAAACAGAUUGUCCCUUCAUGAGAAACGAGGUCUUCAAGAUGCAAGAGAUUUUCAUCAUCAGUUGGCCAUAAAUAACAUUGAAAAAUGGGAAAUGUUUACUUCCAAAUUAUUUUACCCUCACAUCAGCUCACAAGAGCCCGUUACCAAGAUCCUUGGCGCACUGAAAAUUGAAGUCAACAAUAUACUGAAGAAAACAAACGAAGUUAUAAAUGAAGAGGCCAGGAAGAAUCAACAUCUUGGGAAGCUCAAGGACCAGACAAUAAAUUAUGGUUAUAGGCGUGUCCAUCCCCUAUAUGGCCUACAACAUAUCGUACAACUCACAGUAAUUAGUGCAAAGAAACAUCGCAACAACAUAACUAAUGAAACGAAAACUAGUUACAUGUCACACGAGAGAAGGUUCUAUACCCAACAGCCUUUUGCAAAUUUGAGAUAUACCACUGAGCCCCCUACAGGGAUGCCCCCUUAUGUACACGUUCUCGUUCCCUUAGAAGGGCGUCUGGAAACGUUCCGUCGUUUCAUGGCAAAUUUUGAAUUGGUCUGCCUCAAAGUACUUCAGAGAGUCAAGCUGGUAGUCGCAUAUUCUUCCUCUGUGUCUUCUCCUCAUGAACACAAAGGUAUCAUGAAGAAAUACCAAGAGAAAUAUCCCGAAGCAGAACUUAUUUGGCUUGAUGUUGCGGGUAACUUUUCCCGCGGAAUAGCUCUUUCUCUCGCAGCAAAUAAAUUUGAUCAAGCAGCCUUGCUAUUCUUGUGUGAUGUUGACUUGAUCUUUAACUCGGAAUUUAUUGAUCGCUGCAGAUUGAACACUGCGCUUGGUAAGCGAGCUUACUUUCCAAUAAUUUUUACUCAGUUUGAUCCUGAACUAACAUACAGCAACAAAACCAAACCCGAUUCGCACUUUACUAUUAACAAAGAUGCAGGAAUGUGGAGGUCAUUCUCUUACGGAAUAGCAUGCAUUUAUUAUCAAGACAUGGAUGCUGUUGGAGGCUUUGACACAAGCAUUAGAGGCUGGGGAAUGGAAGACGUGGAUCUGUUUGCGAAGUUUGUAGAUCAUCCAGAGAUUGAGGUGUUUCGCGCACCUGAUCCCGGUGUAAUACAUGUUUAUCACAGAAAAACUUGCGAUCCAAAUCUCUCCGUUACACAACACACUGCGUGUCAAGGCUCUAAAGCCUCCAUAUCGGCAUCUCAGAAAUCAUUAGUCAGAGCUUUGCUUUCUACUCAGAAUGCAAACGACUUAAGUUUGUUAACAGUAAUGUACCCCGGUAAUUAUAAAUAAGUACUCUUCCGCUAAACGCCUCUGUGAGUGGAAUUGUUUACCAAGACCCGCGGCUGAGUCAGAAACCUCUAAACAGUUCAAGAAUGGACUCAAGUGCUUUCUCAAUAAUUUUUUUACUUUUUUAACCAUUUCCUAACGAAGUUGUACACAUUGUAGAGAAUACACCCGCCAUACAUGGGCCUCUUCCAAUGACAAUCUUUAUAAAUUAGCGCGUGGUCAACCUGCGAGGCUAUUUUUGGGAAGGACACCUAAUUGGCCAAUUCAAAUGACGUAAUAACAUUGAAGGUUUAAUUUUAACAGUUAAAAUUGCUACUUUCUGGCUAUUUGAAACAGGUUUCCAAAGAGAUCUUUUUCGCUUUAUGCCGUUCAGUACUUUUGGAGAAACGACUUUAAGAACGACUGAUUAAAGUGGCCGAUCACUUCCUAGGCUGUAACACGUUUGGUGGUUUCUUAUCCAAGUCCCAUUGCCGUGGGUACGAUCACGAUGAUGAUCUGCAUCACCAUUCUUGCGAAGGAAGACGAUGUACAUAGUAAAGCCUGUGAACGGAUGGACUGCUUCGACUUCAUGACAGCCAAACGUCAAGUGGGUUCUGGACGUUUUCCCGCCGCCAUAGAAUUCUGACGACCUGCAAUCGUCACUUCUUCGAAGAUGAUCGCUACACCUACCACUUGAUCUCGUCGCAAGCAAACAUCUCCGUCUCCGAGUUCAAACCCCCUCCGCUCUACGUGUUCGUCGAUUACAUGGCCAUCACCGACGAAAAGGAAAUGCAAACCCUCAUCAUGCUCUGCCUGGAUGCCGAGAGCGACGAGACCGAGAUGUUUUAUGGUCAAGACUGCACCAACGACAUGUUCGUCCACUUGGACGAACUUACCAUCACAGAGGAGGGAGACGUUCGAGAUAUUAUCGUGGUCCUUCACAAUUUCAAGGGCUACGACGGUAUGUUUGUUUUGCAGUACGUCUUCACAACCCAUCAAGAGGUAAACAAACAGAUCAACGAGGGCAUCUUCUCAACGCGUUAGAAAAUCAAGAUUACGAGAGUCCAAUGCCACGUUCAGACAUGUACGAUCCCGAA